AUGGUUGUGGCUAAAGUUCAUUUCCUUCAGUCCUUGGCUAAUCAGAUGAAAGCCAAUGGUGAGGAUAUGAAAGAGCUGAAAAUUAUGGAGAAAAUUCUUCAAACCUUGAUAGACAGGUUUGAAGGCAAAGUUACAGCUAUUGACGAGACACAUGAUCUCAGCACCAUAACUAUAGAUGAACUACAAAGAUCGCUGCAGGCUUAUUGUCAUGCCCCAACCCACGGAUUGACAUAA